GAUCAACACAACUCAUGAAGCAGCUUUGCAGAUUGUGUUCCCACGCUUAUUUCUAGGGUUUCGUUCCACCUCCGACCGUCCGACGACUGGUUAUUCACUGAUGACGAUGACUCCAUUGACGAAUAGUUUUGCCAGUAUUGAGGUCUUCUGCUGAGUUUCUGCCUUUCUUGCUAAAAUGUCAGGCUUAGGAGGAUUUGAGGGUUUUGAGAAUCUUGAAGAAGAUGAGAGAAGAAGAUCUAAAAUUGGAGUUUUGAGGAAGAAGGCGAUAAAUGCUUCGAAUAAGUUGACUCAUUCGCUCACGAAAAGGGGGUUGAGGAAGGUCGAUUAUCGGGUUCCUUCGAUAGAAGAUAUCCGCGAUGCAAGUGAAGAACGAGCGGUUCACGAGCUUCGUCAAAAGCUCAUCAAUAAGGACUUGCUUCCGGAAAGACAUGAUGAAUAUCAUACCUUACUGAGGUUCUUGAAAGCAAGGGAUUUCGACAUCGAGAAAACAAUCCGAAUGUGGGCCGAAAUGCUAAAUUGGCGAAAAGAGUACGGAACCGACACAAUAUUGGAGGAUUAUGAAUUUGAAGAACUUCAAGAAGUAUUGCAGCAUUAUCCUCAAGGGUACCAUGGAGUCGAUAGGGUCGGAAGACCGAUUUAUAUCGAAAGGCUCGGCAAAGCGCACCCCGGUAGACUUUUGUGCAUCACGUCUGUCGACCGCUACCUUAAAUACCAUGUCCAAGAAUUUGAACGGGCUCUUAACGAGAAGUUUCCCGCUUGUUCAAUCGCGGCAAAGAGACAAAUCUGUUCGACUACGACUAUUUUGGAUGUGCAAGGCUUGGGACUGAAGAAUUUCACUCCAAGUGCUGCAAGUAUUCUUGGAGCAAUGGCAAAGGUUGACAAUAACUAUUACCCGGAGACGUUACACCGAAUGUUUGUUGUCAAUGCGGGCUCGACGUUUAGAAAAUAUCUAUGGCCGGCUGCUCAAAAAUUCCUCGACGCAAAAACAAUUACAAAAAUACAGGUUUUGGAGCCUAAGUCGUUGGGGAAACUACACGAAGCCAUCGACCCAAGGCAAUUGCCUGAUUUCCUUGGUGGUUCCUGCACAUGUUCUGCUGAGGCUGGCUGCCUUACAUCUAACAUGGGUCCAUGGAAUGACCCUGAAAUAAUGAAGGUUGUUAUUAAUGCAGAAGCCACAUUUUUAAGGCAAAUCUCUCAUGAUCAACUGAAAGUUGAUUCUUGUAUCGAGAUACACCCCGAAAAGGGUAGAAGAAGUGAUGAAUCAACUAUAGAAUCAGUAUCAGACGAUCCGUGUUCUAUGACUAGCGGAACGAGUUCUUUGAUUCCAAAAUUGGCAUCCGUUUCUGAAGAAGCGAUGUCAUCUGAUUCGUCGGUCUACUAUAAUUGUCGUGAUCAUUUUAGCCCGGUCGAAGAAGCUAGUAGCUCGGAUCGAGAAGUUACAGUAGACAGUAGAAAAACACGUGGCGGUAUCUUAUUCGUCGAAUGGUUGGAGGUUAUUCAUGAGAAGAUUGUGAAGGGGGGCUUCAAUUGCAUAAAAAGGCCAUUUGUGUCCUUGGUUGCAAAAUUGAUUGCUCAUAGUGGAAGUGUUGGAAAAAGAUGA